AUGACUGUGUUGCUAGCUGUGAAAGAAAAGCAGAAUGUGACCCGGGCUUUGGAGCGUGUAGUUGGAUACUAUGAGACUUGGAGCACUCGGCGUCGAUGCAAGCAGUUCUGGCCGGAGCAAAUUCCUUUGGGAGUUUAUACCCAUAUCAAUGUGGCCUUUGCAGUCAUUGACCCAGAUACAUUCGAGGUUCGACCUUCUUUGACUGCAGAUAUUGAGCUAUUCAAGCGAGUCGCCCGUCUCAAGCAAGAAGAUCCUGAUCUCAAAGUGUAUAUCGCUAUUGGAGGUUGGAGCUAUAAUGACCUUGGCCCAACUGCAACGACAUUUUCUGACCUGGCCGCAUCGACAUCUAAUCAAAACAAGUUCUUUAAUUCUCUCACAAAGUUCAUGUCCACAUAUGACUUGGAUGGCGUAGACAUCGACUGGGAAUAUCCAGCAGCGGACGAUCGAAGUGGUCGUCCAGAAGACUUUGACAACUUUCCCAAGUUCUUAAAGAAUCUCAAAGCGGCACUCAAAAGAACUGGUGGUCGAGAUGGUCUUAGUAUAACUCUGCCUGCCUCUUUCUGGUACUUGCAACACUUUGACAUCGGAAAUAUGAAGAAAAGUGUGGACUUCUUCAAUAUCAUGACCUACGAUCUUCAUGGAACUUGGGACAAAGGAAACAAAUGGACUGGUGAAUUCCUCGACGCGCAUACCAAUCUCACUGAGAUUAAAGCUUCUCUGGAUCUACUAUGGCGAAACAAUACAAUAUUCCACCGGAUCAGAGCAUAUACGAUUGCAGACCCAUCAUGUACUAAGCCUGGCUGCCUUUUUGCGUCCGGGGCGGAGGCUGGAGACUGCAGUCAUGAGGUUGGGAUUCUGAUGAACUCCGAGAUUGACGAAAUUAUCGCGGGAAAACGCCCCAGAAUCACAUACGAUAAAGAUGCUGCAGUGAAGAUGAUCACAUGGGAUGAUAAUCAAUGGGUAUCCUAUGAUGAUAUCGACACCUUCAAGCUCAAAGCCGACUUUGCCCGAGGGAAAUGCUUAGGUGGCCUUAUGGUAUGGGCAGUAAGCCAUGACCAUACCAAUGGGACUUACUCCCUUGCCCUGGGAGAAGCAGCCCAACGCAAGUUUAAAGCUCUGCCCGACACAAUCAAAACAGACGACACAAUCAAAAUCAAACAUGAUCAGUGCAAAUGGACAAACUGUGGAGACCUCUGCCCAGAUGGAUGGGUUCUGCUCCGCCGUCAUGACGAUGAUAGACAUCAUGAUGGUGAGUGGAUGCUUGAUGAUGGAGGCUGUAUCUUCAAAAAUCAGGACCAUCGUCUGUGCUGCCCUCCUGAUCAAGAUGCUCCGACUUGCGGCUGGUACACUUUCAACAACGGUGACUGUGAAGGCAAGUGUCCAGAUGGUAGUUUUGAACUUGGCGGGACCGAUCGUGGAUGUUCAACUGCAUUUGGUAAUUACCAAGCUGCCUGCUGUACGAGUGGUCAAAAGAGUACUGCGCUCUAUGAGAAAUGCGAAUGGGGUGCUUCAUUCGAAUGCGAUUCAUGGAAAUGCCCAGCAGAAAAGACCGAUGUUCUCCUUAAGUCAUGCAAUGGCAAUGGAGGAUCGGCUUGCGGUGGCGACUGGAGAACCAACCUGAAUGAGGAGCGCAAAUAUUGCUGUGACAGCUCUGAUGAAAACAUGACUUGCGACGACUGCGAGUGGCUUGACGACUAUAGCGAAACAGGAUACCAAGUCAUUCCUGCCGAUGGUGGUAGUGGAAGUGGUGGGAGUGGCUACUGCUUCUCAAGCUGUCCCAAGGACAAAGUACGGGUAGCUAUGGAGCACUACAAUACUUGUAACAAAAAAACUGGCUCCCGUGCAAAGUGCUACCCUAUGGUGGAGCUUUGGACGGCUGAUCUUAAAAACUGGUUGAAAAAUCCUACAUGCUCUACCGGCUAUGGGUACGGCUACGAUGAUACCUUUGGUGUGGGCUACGAUAAAAGAGGCUUCACAGACAUGUUGCCUAUAGAAUAUGCACCUCGGUAUGCUGGCACCUCGGGAACAUCUUUGGAGAAACGUCAAGAUCAACAAGUACUCUUCAUGAGCAAUUCCAUUCUGAUUGUUGCGACUGAUAUCAUCUACACCUAUCGCAUGACCAGCAGGACAAACAAAGCCGUCAAGGAAAUCAAGGUGUGGAACGAAGUAAUUGCCGCUCGGUACACUUAUCUAGCGACUUCCACCCUUAUACCAUUUUUGAGAGAUGCUACAGGUGAACUGUUUUCUGUAGUUGCAGAGGAUCUUGCAGGUCGCAUCAUUUGCAACCUAGAGUACUGGAACCAGAUGAUCAAGGAUUGUACAGCUCCCAGUACUUUAGAUGAAGUCUGCGCUAUCAGCGAUCUUGACGCUUUUCACAGUCUGGACAAAUGUGAUGGAGCUCCCAGGGAUUUCACCGUUGAUUGCGGUACUGACCCAAUUACUGGACAGCAGCGAAUCAUGAUUAUUACAUCAGUGGCCUAUCCAAAUGGUGGCAAUGGUAACAACCUUGCAAAUGCCAAUGGACUAACAGUGCGAUUUGCGGUCGCAAAUCAACAUGUAUGCACUGAUACCUCUAUUGAUCCUAACGCGCCCAACAAUCUUUGGACGUGGGUCACUGAGCAUAUUAUCGAGCUUCAAUUGAUUCCUCGCUCAAUUGAAUUUAUGGUUACUGGAACUUUACCUGCUGUGCAGGGCUUGCCAGACUUCAGCACUGGGAGCAAACGUAUGCCCUGGGACAUUGCACAACUACUGAAUCAGGAUUAUUCGACAUGGGCUAGCGGCCAAACCACAGCAACUGGAACUCCAAUUAUUCGGAUAUUUGACAGUCUCGGCCCAAAGAUUAACCCCGCUCGAUUAGUUAAUACUGAAACUCACUUGAACUCGAUGAAAGGAAGGCUCUUCGCAGGGAAGCAGCCGCUUGAUGAUGAUACUUGGAGGAAUCUAAACGUGGCAGAUGAGAGAGCUGGACGGGCUGUAAUCAAUGAAAUACGAAUGGUUACAGCUGUGUUCGAGUACUUGAACCAGCAGCUUGUUAACCGUCACCUUGUUGACACAUAUGGUGCGGCUAAUUACGAAUUGCGUGUGUUCCAAAAAGCAGUCAACAGUGUGUUCGGGCAAAGAGACUUCAGUGCGCCUAAUCUGUUUAGAACUUUCAUGACAAAUUUCAUGCGACGAAUGGCUGAGUGGGCCUCCAAUUGGCUUAAUUCGCGUAUUGAUGAGCUACUUGUCACAUGGCAAGCGGUGCAAAAUGCAGCUACCCCGGGAUCGCAUGCAUAUCAGGUCGCAACAACCUACAUGGGUGAUCAGGAGGAGCUCAAAGAGUUGGUUCGACUAAGAGUGAUUUUUGACGACUCAAUCUUCGUUUUUAUGCACACAUCAGGUAGCUAG